GAAGAGAGAUUUACAUAAAAAAAACCCAUUCAGAUAAAAUAUGUGUAUCAAUGCGUUACAAUCAAUGUGUAAUCUCUAGUUAUAAUUCCCGAUACUUCAUUAAUAGCUUUUUUAAUACGCAGAAAUGACAUGCCAAAUAUCUUUCUCGAUAAUGAGUAGUAUACGAAUAGUCAUUUAAACUUUAAAAGAAAUCAAGAAGAAAUGGCACGGAGUUCUUGACCCUCGCGAGAGCGAUAUCGACGGGUUAUAUAAACCUUGUUCGUUUUUCCCUUCGAAUCAGUUUAACGUUGCAACGGAUAGGAGGUCGAUGUUCAAGUGAGUACGCGUAUAAAACGAGUUUGAACGAGUUUUAGCAGUGAAUAUAUUUGCGAUUUGAGCUAUCAUUUAUAAUAAAAUAAAAAUCAAUCCUUUCUUAGAGAUUGUUCCAAUGUUAACCUUCGCAAAUCUUCGUUUUUGGCGUACAUUCGUAAAUAUCAAUAUAUGUAUUAUUCGUUCUUGAGUAUGAUAGAAACGACUGAUAUUUAUGGUUCACUUGUAUACACGCGACUAAUAACUAACGCGAAUAAAGCUUGCAUAAAAGUACUAUCAAAGAUCUCUCAAUAAUAUACAACGCUGUAAAUAAAUAGUUGACUCAUACAAAGGAAGCAGGUAUUUAAUGAAUAAGCCUCACUCAAAUUCUAUUUGAUAUCUGAGAUAACAAUAUGUAAUAAAUGAGCAUGUAAUUCGAAUCCCAGAUCCAUUGCUUUUAACUUCUUCAUCGUAAAACGUAAACAUUGUAAUCGUACCGUCGUAUAUAAUAAGCUGCGACAAUGCCACAACUGAAGGUAGCGAUUAUCGGUCAGAGCUUGUUCGCAGCCGAAGUUUACAAAUUAUUAAGACAAAAUGGUCAUCAAAUUACCGGAAUCUUUACGAUACCUGACAAAGGAAAUCGAGAGGAUCCAUUAGCAAUAGCUGCCAAGGCUGAUAAUACACCUGUUUUUAAAAUAAAAUCCUGGAGAAAUAAAGGUGUAACCCUACCCGAAGUACUCAAUAUAUAUAAAAAUAUCGAUGUUGACCUAAACGUACUUCCUUUCUGCAGUCAGUUCAUACCGAUGGAAGUUAUCAAUCAUCCUCGUCAUCGUAGCAUAUGUUAUCAUCCGUCAUUAUUACCUAGACAUCGAGGAGCGAGUUCUAUCAAUUGGACUCUCAUCGAAGGUGACGAGAAAGCAGGAUUUUCAAUAUUUUGGGCAGACGAUGGUCUCGACACAGGACCGAUAUUGCUUCAAAGAUCUUGUAAAGUUGAAUCAAACGAUACGUUGGAUACUUUGUAUAAUAAUUAUUUGUAUCCUGAAGGUAUCAAAGCUAUGGUCGAGGCCGUAGAUCUAGUAGCGAAAGGCACUGCCCCUGUGAUACCGCAACCAAAUAAAGGUGCAACUUACGAUCCCCUGUUAAAUAAGAAAGAACUUCAAAAGAUCGAUUGGUCGAAACCGGCGAAAGGAAUUCACGAUUUCAUUCGUGGCCUUGAUAGUACACCAGGUGCUUGGACUCUCAUUAGCAACGAAGAAGUACGUUUGUAUGGUUCGACCCUCUGGAAUGGAACUUUACCGAAAUUUGAAAGUGAAGUCGAUGUUGAUAAUCGAACGGGAAGAAUUCAUGAUGGUGGUCUUUUGAUCGAGGCAGUCGAUGGUAAUUUCGUUAACGUCGAAAGGAUCAAGAUCGGUUCUAGAACCAUUCACGCUAGUAAAUAUGGUAAAAGUCAAGAAAACAAUACGGUGGAAUUGACCAACGAAGAAUUGAAGAGUAAAGAUGUCAUACAGCGAAUUUGGCAAGACAUACUUAAGAUAGACAUCGAGGAUGAUACAGAUUUUUUUGCCUCUGGUGCUGGAAGUAUGGACGUCGUUAGAUUAGUCGAAGAGAUCAAAGACAGUUUAGGGGUGACUUUGCAAAAUAUCGAUGUCUUUAUGGCGCCGAUUUUCGUGCAAUUCCUAGGGACUGUUAUUUUGGCUGCACGUGGUAAUGCAGCAGCUAAAGAUAUCAAAUAUGAUGCCGUGGAAAUACGAGCUAACAACAUGGACUUGAAAUUCCCAAGACAGCUUUUCAUAAAUGGAGAAUUUGUUAAUGGACAUGAUAAACCGAUCGAUACGAUUAAUCCACACGAUGAGAGCGUUAUUUGUAGCGUAGAGAGUGCAUCGGUAGAAGAUAUUGAUCGUGCUGUGAAAGCUGCAAAGAAAGCUUUUGAGGAAGGUGAAUGGAGUAAGAUCAGUGCUAGGGAACGUGGAGCAUUAUUAUUUAAAUUGGCUGAUUUGAUGGAAGAACAUAAGGAAGAAUUGGCAACCAUCGAAACGUUAGAUUCUGGUGCAGUAUAUACCUUAGCUUUGAAGACACACGUAGGCAUGUCCAUCGAAACUUGGAGAUAUUUUGCUGGAUGGUGUGAUAAGAUACAAGGCUCGACUAUACCUAUUUCGCAUGCCAGACCGAAUAGAAAUCUGACGUUUACGCGAAAGGAACCGAUAGGUGUUUGUGGACUGGUAACGCCAUGGAACUAUCCUUUGAUGAUGCUUUCGUGGAAAAUGGCAGCUUGUUUGGCAGCUGGUAAUACGGUCGUGAUGAAACCAGCUCAAGCUUCACCAUUGACAGCGUUGAAAUUUGCCGAACUUAGUGCACAAGCUGGUAUUCCUCCUGGUGUUAUAAACAUCGUUCCAGGCAACGGCUCUGUAACUGGUAAUGCAGUAGUCAAUCAUCCACUUAUCAGAAAGCUUGGUUUCACUGGCUCCACGGAAAUUGGCAAGACGAUUAUGAGAUCAUGCGCUGAAAGUAAUUUGAAGAAGGUCUCAUUAGAACUAGGUGGUAAAAGUCCUUUAGUUAUAUUUGAGGAUGCUGAUCUUCAACAGGCUGUGAAGAUAGGAAUGAGUAGUGUAUUUUUUAACAAGGGUGAAAAUUGUAUUGCCGCUGGCCGUAUUUUCGUCGAAGAAACUAUUCACGAUGAGUUCGUCAAAAGAAUAAUCGAAGAAACGAAAAAGAUUUCCGUAGGUAAUCCUUUGGAUCGAAGUACAGCUCACGGACCACAAAAUCAUAAAAAUCAUCUUGACAAGCUUUUGGAAUAUGUCAAAUAUGGAAUUGACGAAGGUGCUAAGUUGAUUUAUGGUGGUAAACGUUUAAAUCGUCCGGGAUGGUAUUUCGAACCGACGAUCUUUACCGAUGUUGAAGAUCACAUGUACAUAGCUAAGGAAGAAUCUUUUGGUCCAGUCAUGGUGAUCUCAAAGUUUAAUUCUAAGAAUAUGGAUGAUAUUAUAAGAAGGGCAAACAAUACCGAAUAUGGUUUAGCAUCUGGAGUACUCACUAAAGAUAUUGCUAGAGCCUUGAGAUUUGCAGAAAAGAUCGAAGCUGGUACUGUAUUCAUAAAUACUUAUAAUAAAACAGAUGUGGCAGCACCUUUCGGUGGUUUCAAAAUGUCAGGAUUUGGAAAGGAUCUUGGACAGGAAGCACUCAACGAAUAUCUUAAAACUAAAACCGUAACGAUCGAGUAUUAGAUAGACUAUACAAUAGAUAUUAUACAUGAAUCGUUUGAAAAAUUCACCGCUUUUCAUUCGCUUUUGUUAUUAUUGUUUUCUUUUCCUUUUUUUAACAUAUAAAUUUAAUUUUUAAAGUGAAAUACAUCUUAAAGGAAA